CCACGUCUCUUUGCUGCAGUGUACUUCCGGUCCGGGCGCCCGCAGUGAUGUCGGUGUCGGUUCUGUCGGUGGUGUCCCGCUUCCUGGAGGAGUAUGUCAGCUCCACUUCUCAGCGGCUCAAGCUGCUGGACGCCUACCUGCUGUACAUCCUGCUGACCGGGGUCAUGCAGUUCCUCUACUGCCUGCUGGUGGGCACCUUCCCGUUCAACUCGUUCCUGUCCGGCUUCACCUCCUGCGUGGGCGCCUUCAUCCUGGGCGUGUGCUUGAGGAUCCAGAUCAACCCCCAGAACAAGGGAGACUUCCUCAGCAUUUCCCCGGAGAGGGCUUUUGCAGACUUUCUUUUUGCCAGCACUAUUCUGCAUUUGGUGGUCGUUAACUUUGUCGGAUGAGAUUCCUUCUCCUGCCUGUUGUGAGAACUGUUGUCUUGUUGGACUGAAGACUUUCCCCAUGUUGCUGGACAUCAGGAUUAUCCAUUACCUACUUACACACAACGUCACCCCUGGGACAUGGCUUGGAGCCCCAGUCUGUGAUUACAAAUGACAUGACCAAUAAAGAUGUGACUUUCUUA